CCUUUAUUUUUCUUCCUAUAUAGACCCAUUUGAAAAAUAUCUAACACAAAUAUCUUCGCAAUGUAUCUUGAGCAUCAGCUUCCUUGUUUGCACUGCCAACCACAUGAAUACAUAAAAAUGGUUCAGCAUAUGAUAGAGAGGUGCCUGCUCCUUCACAUGAGCAGGGAUGACUGUGUCAUGGCACUUGCAAAGCAUGCUAGGAUUGAACCUGUUAUCACACUUACAGUAUGGAGAGAAUUACAAAAAGAGAACAAAGAAUUCUUUCGAGCAUAUUUCCAUGCUCUCUAUCUCCAAGACCUAUCAGAAAUGGAUAUGCUCAAAGAAGGUACAGUUUCAAAAAGAAGAAACAAGUGGCAGUAAUUUCAUGCAUACUAAGAAGAUCUUUGGCCGUACUGUGUAACUGUUUGAUGAACAAAUAUUCUUAGAACUUUAAUAAAGUGAAUAGGAACUUGAGAGACAUGAGAAGGACAGAAGCAAUUGAAUUCUGAUGCAAGAGAAACCCCACAAGAUGUAGGUUUUGUUUUAUAUGAUGACAAUGUUUGGAGGCCAUGUCUUAGAGAAAUUCAUCCCUUUUGGUUGUUGGGUUUUCGAGUCAUUGCAUUUGGUCUGGCCUUGGCUACAUUCACUGUGAAAGUUGUUGGUAGUAGAAGCACCAUAAUUUACUACUACACGCAGUGGACUUUUACUUUGAUUACCUUUUAAUUUGGGGUAUGUUUACUGUUUUACGUUUUUCAGUUCCUUUCCUGAAAUAUGCAACUGAAUCGGUCAAAAACAUUUUGGAUCACUGCUCUCCAUUUAUGGGUGUUACCAGUAUCACACAAUAAGCAACUAUGAUUCUAAUGUACAACAUAUUGGGAUAGAUGCACAACAAGGAUACUACAUGCCUCUAACAUAUGGGAAAAGUGCAAAUGUCUUAAGAAAAGCCUCAAAUCCCCAGGAGAACUAUUAUGUUUCACAAGCUGCUGGUGUUACAAGUUAUCUCUUUCAAGUUAUAUUCCAGAUAAAUGGUGGGGAAGUUAUGCUUACGGACUGCAUCUAUUGGACCAUUAUUUUUCCAUUUCUUACAAUCAAAGAUUUCAAUUUGAAUUUUGUAAGUCCUUACUUAUGGCCAUUCAUUAGGUGAUUUCAAGAAUGGGUAGGCGGUGGAUGUCAAAUUCCCAUAAUUGGUGAAAAAAUUUAAGUCCUUACU